CACUGCACCUUAAACUUCUCAGUGGGUUGGCAGUACGCUUGUCGUAUAGUUUAAAAUGGCGGAAUCCCAACAAAAUAGUGAUGGCUUGAAGUCGGAAAGCCUAAAUCCCCCCAUUAUAAUGAAAAUUGAUGCACCCAAGGAAGACACACAUAAAAUAGAAGACGAAGACAAUGAUAAAAACGAAAUAGAGUCAUUCAGAAUGUGUACUCCAACAUACAAAUCCGUAAUAUCAUCACCCAAUUUAUUUUCUGGAAGACCAAAAAGCCUCAUCAAACCGCCUCAGCUAAGUUUUAACAAACCAGCCUCAAAAACCUUUGUUCUAAACCCAAGCAAACUUGCCCCUGUUGUUCCUGAAACCAAUAGUGAACAAUGUGAUAAAAAGGUAAAUCAAGCUAAUGGAGAAACGCCAAAAUUUGUGCCUCUAGUGCAAACAGAAAGUAGAACUACUAAUAUAUCAGCACCAAGCAAAUCAAACUCCAAGGAUAGUGCUACAGUAUCUUCAAGUACCUCAUUUGUGUUUGGACAGAACUUAUCAGAUCGUGUGAUAGCAGGUGAAAGAGAAGGGAAUGAUGAAGCUCCAUCAACAAGCCUCCAUUCAAAUGGCAGUUCAGAAAUGUUGUUUAGUAGUGUUAUGAAUACAGAAGUAAAACCAGACAGCACAAACAAAGAAUCAAAAUCCCUAAGUGAGUCUGCAAGGGAGUAUGAAGAAUCCAGAGCCAGUAAACGGAAGUAUGAUGAGGUUGAGGUUAAAACUGGCGAGGAGGAGGAGACAAAUGUUAUUAGUAUUUCAUGUAAACUUUUUGCCUACGACAAAACAGGUGGCAGUUGGCAAGAACGAGGCAGAGGGACUCUAAGACUUAAUGAUUUGGAAAUGGAUGACAAUCAAACCCAAAGCCGAUUGGUUUUUAGAACUUCAGGGAGCCUUAGGGUCAUUCUAAAUACUAAGAUUUGGGCAGAAAUGACGGUUGAAAAGGCAAGUGAAAAAAGUAUCAGAAUUACAGCACUGGAUUCCAAUGGAGAAAUAAAGGUGUUUCUCAUAAUGGGAACAAUUGAAGAUUCCAAACAGUUCUUUAAUCAAUUGCAGUCCCGGGUGCAAAAAGAGGUUCUGGCAUCGCAAAAGCGAAGAAAACCCCUUACAAAUGCAGACACAGAUUCCGGCGGGCAGUGAUUUUUUUGUAAAUUAAAUUUGUAAAAUGUUUUAAAAUUAAAUAACUUUAUUAUUGCUCAUGUUCUAGAGAAAACAAGAAAGGUAGAACAUGUUUGGUCUUAAUAGUAAUCUUUUUAUAAUAUGAUGUAUUGUUUUUAACAACUGGUGAACAUCAAAAGUUGCUUUCAGCAUUUUGAAUGUAAUUUUUAUUUUUAUUUUGUAUGUAAUAGGCAAUAAAAUAUUUCCCAAGUACAAAUAAAUUUUGUUUCAUAAAA